AUGGGACUCUGGCCACGAACGCCAUUGCGCGACGCUACCUGGAACAACAUCACGGCACAUGCACGGUACCUGAUAGACACUCACCAGAUCGUAGUCGAUGCGCAAGGUAGGACGGUCACUUGGCGCCACCGCAACGUCGGGAAGCUUCAGACAGUCAUCCACAAGUUGGAAAAGGCCUUCCCUGUCCUGGAACGAGCUCAUGGACAUUGGAUUGCCUUGACCAUCUGUCAGCACCACGCGAAGGUGGUCAAUGAAGCGACGCGCAAAGCGAAAGUCUACAGAGAGAAGACUACUGCUGCUGCUCCCCAAGACGAUGACCUCAGCAACGCGCACGACGUUGUCCAUGGAGCGUCAUCUGCUCGCGUCGAUGACGAGAACACUCGCUGCGAGACACCCGCUUCCGUCCUCUCUGAAGACGAUGAUAUUGACGAGGCUGCAUCGAGAGUUGUGGUUGCAGCCAACUUCGUCUCAGCACAAUGUGAGCCUAUCAUGGGGAGAAAACAUUGGCUAACAAGAUGUAGCGUCAAGCAAACAAGAAUGUGCAUGUUUCCAAGGCAAGUCCGUCCCAUCUUUGAUGUUAUAAGACUGACCAGUGGCCAGAAGUCAAGCAAAGAUCGAUCCACCUCCUCGUCUCGCAAGGUAUACACUUCUGCUAUUCCUACCAUGACAUACUAA